UAUAUGCCACUUCUGCGCUAUGUUAAAGUAGAGGUGGCUUUAGGACCCAGCGGAGGUCCGAUUGUGCUCUGUCUGUCGCCUGGGCUGCGUGGAGGAACCCCGAGCCGAACCGGAGCGCUUCCCCAGCCAGUCCUGGGCAGAGCUGGAACCCGGACGCGUGCGGAGCAUGAGAGGCGUCGGUCGCGGGCGCACGGAGCCCGCUUGACUCUUUGAGAGCGCCGCAAGAUGAAGACACCGCUGGUAAAGCGCCAUGGUGUUGCCAUGCUUCUCGUGCUGCUCCUGUGCGCCAGCCUCUUCCUGGUCUACAAUGGCAGCUUCUACGGCUCCGUUCGGGACGCCAACGACACGCGAACGCGGCGGCAAGAGCAAGAGCAGCCGCCGGGGCCCACCGGCGUCUCCUUCGGCCCGGCCCGGCCUCAUCCCCCGGCGCUCCAGGGCUACAGCAGCAUCGUGGACCACAAGCCUCUCAAAAUGCACUGCCGGACGUGCGCCCUGGUGACCAGCUCGGGCCACCUGAUCGGGGGCGGCCGGGGCGAAGAGAUAGACCGGGCCGAGUGCGUCAUCCGCAUGAACGACGCGCCGGCCGCAGGGGGCUACGCCUCCGACGUGGGCCGUCGCACGUCCCUGCGCGUCAUCGCUCACUCCAGCAUGCAGCGCGUGCUGAGGAGUCGCAAUCAGCUGCUCAACGCCAGCCAGGACGCCGUUUUUAUCUUCUGGGGGCCCAGCAGCUACAUGCGGCGUGACGGCAAGGGCCUGGUCUACAACAACCUGCGACUCAUGAGUCAGGUGCUGCCCGCGCUCAAAGUCUACAUCAUCUCCUGGCAGAAGAUGUUGCAGUUUGACGACCUCUUCAAGAGGGAAACUGGCAAGGACAGGAGGAUAUCCAACUCGUGGCUGAGCACCGGCUGGUUCACGAUGACCAUCGCCCUGGAGCUGUGCGAUAGGAUCAACGUGUACGGCAUGGUCUCGCCCGACUUUUGCAGCAGGGAUCCCGAGCACCCAUCGGUGCCCUACCACUACUAUGAGCCGCGGGGCCCCGACGAGUGCGCCAUGUACAUAUCGCACGAGCGCGGCCGACGGGGCAGCCAUCAUCGCUUCAUCACGGAGAAGCGGGUCUUCGCCGACUGGGCACGGACGUUUGACAUCCAUUUCUACCAACCCGACUGGAGCCCCGCCCCUCUGCCGGCGAACCGCACCGUGAACGGAGGAGUAACCAAGGGAUGCCAAACGUGAUUGGAUGACAUACCCGCCGUCCCAGCGAAUGCGAGAAGACGUCGACACGAGACGACGUUGAUCCUGAUUGACAGUUGUUGAGGAAAACAUUUCAUGGCUGCUGCCAAAAGCGGCACACGAAAAGCGUUCAAAGUCGCAAGCCCACGUUUUUUUUUUCAUGCUGCGAAGGUGAAAUAAUAUGAGGAGCCAGCAUCAUCGUCUCAUGCUCACUCGGGAGAGCGAGCAGCAAUGUCAAUCAUUCUGUGUGUACGUGUGUGUCGGCAGUGUAGGCACUGAUAGCAAGUUCAAUAUAAAGGUAAACUUUUGAUGUUUUU